UGGGGGAGAGAGAGAGAGAGAGUGGGGGAGAGAGAGAGAGAGAGAGAUCCAGAGAGUGAGUGCUGACUGCGUUUCUAAGAGAGGACGGAAAACAAACCAGGAAAGCCCAGACACUGUCCGGUUUUCCAAGAGCGUGUGGUUAAAAUAUGUGCUCGACCGGUUGCCUGACUCUCGCUGGAUCCGUUCUUGUUGCGAGGUAAACAGAGAAGGGACACGGGUGCGCGGGACAUGUAAACGUGGCUCCACCGGGUACCAGGUGAAGCUUCGGCGUGCCGCGAGUCCUGUCUCCUUUGAGCCAGCGUAUGGACGUCCAACAUGGGCAACAACGCGUGUGGCUGCGUGCGGUCCCCCAAAGAGGAUUACUACGUGGACCCCAGGAAGGCUCCCCUCGUCCCCAGCGGACAGAAAGAGCACCAGGGACGCCGCUAUUUCCAGAGGAAGAAGAGGAAAUCGGAGGUCCUUCAGCCUGGGGAGGAACCCCCAUCGCCCGCCGCGGUGGACCCCACGGAUGGUCCGGAGCUCCGGCCCGCCACCGACGACCGCCCUGCAGAGGGUCCACUCCCAGGCGGGGUCAGGACCUCGGCCAAGGAGCCGGUUAGAGACCAGCUAGGCGGCGCCGGCGUCGGAGGUGUCCGCGUCGCGGAGCCCCGUACUGAAUCAGGCUCUGGGGCGACAGAAGGAACCCAGAGCUACGGAGGAUCGGCUUCAACCGAUCGGGUGGAGGUCCAUGGAGCCAGGACGUCUGUGGGUGAAACGCCCGGCGCUGCUGCUCACCUCCACUCCGAGGGUGGAGGAGAUGGAGGAGGACGAAGAGGGAAAAGCGUCUGCCAGCCGUGGCAUGGGCCGAAGAGAGCUGCGAGUUUAGGAGCAGCGGAGCAGACUCUGCUCGGAAGUCCAGGAGGAUGUGGAGGAUCUCGUGUGGAGGAGAGCGAGGAGAACUUUUCCACUGAAACGAGGCAGAGGAACGGCAGAGUGCUCAGGGGGAGAGGGAGAGCCAGCUCCCGCUGUGGUUAUGGAGACCGUGCACAAGCCUUUGGCCAGGGCAUGCCUGCCAACCACGAGAUCUCUGAGAUCCACGUGGCAGGCCAGUCCGAGGACAUGACGGCCAAGGAGAGGCUUCUGUUCUGGUCCAAGCAGAUGACGGACGGCUACGUGGGGGUCCGCUGCGACAACUUCACCACCUCCUGGAGGGACGGCCGGCUCUUUAACGCCAUCAUACACAAAUACAGGCCCGACCUGGUGGACAUGAGUCUGGUGUCGACCCAGUCCAACCGGUCCAAUCUGGAGCAGGCCUUCGAUGCGGCAGAGCAGCUGGGCGUGGCCAGGCUGCUGGACCCCGAGGAUGUUGACGUCCAGUCUCCGGAUGAGAAGUCUGUGAUAACGUACGUCUCCACGUUAUAUGACUCCUUCCCCAAGGUCCCCGACGGUGGUGACGGUAUCAACGCUAACGACGUGGAUAUUAAGUGGGUGGAGUACCAGAACAUGAUCAAGUACCUCAGCCAGUGGAUCAAACACAACGUGACUGUAAUGUCAGACAGAGCAUUCCCCAACAACCCUGUUGAACUCAAGGCACUUUAUACACAGUAUUUACAGUUUAAAGAACAUGAAAUCCCACUGAAGGAGAACGAGAAGACCAAAAUCAACCAUCUUUAUGAGAUGCUUGAGGUGUGGAUCGAGUUUGGCCGUAUCCAGCUUCCCGCCGGCCACCACCCCAACGACAUAGAGAAGGAAUGGGGCAAGCUGAUCGUAGCCAUGUUGGAGAGGGAGAAGAGCCUCCGACCGGAGGUGGAGAGGCUUGAGAUGCUGCAACAGAUCGCCAACCGGGUGCAGCGAGACUGUGUGAACGGCGAAGACAAGCUGUCGCUGGCCAGGACCGCCCUGCAGUCUGACGCUAAACGCCUGGAGGCGGGCAUCCAGUUCCAGAACGAGGCCGAGAUCGCCGGCUACCUCCUGGAGUGUGAGAACACGCUCCGACAACAAGUGAUGGACAUCCAAAUGCUCCUGGACGGGAAGUUCCCCUUCGCCGAUCAACUCGUCCAGAGAGUGUCCAAACUACGGGACGACCUGCUCUCCCUGAGGACCGAGUGCUCGUCCGUGUACAACCAGGGCCGCACGCUGACCGCCGAGCAGACGAAGCGGAUGAUCUCGGGCAUCAGCAACAGCCUCAACUUCGCCCAGAACGCGAACCCGGCCCUGAGCCCGGCCCUCAGCCCGGGCGGAGCCGCCGGAGCAGGGUCCACCUUCACCUCCUCCGGCCUCGGCCCCGCCCUGACCCCCGGGCUGCAGCCGCAGUCCAUGGGGGGCGACGGCGGCGGCGGCGGCAUGGAGCCCAUGUCCCUCCAGCAUCUGAAACACGCGCAGAUCCUCAAGCCCCUGGUUAAGCCGUCGCUGCUGGACACCGACAUGACGGAGGGAGAGGCCAACAUGAACUUUGUGCAGGACCUUCUGAAUUGGGUGGAGGAGAUGCAGGUACAAGUGGACCGCGGGGAGUGGGGCACGGACCUGCCGAGUGUGGAAACGCAAAUAGACGAUUUCAAAAGCGUGCACCAAGCCAUCGAAGAAUUCCAGACGAGUCUGAAGGAAGCCAAGCACAGCGAGUUCCAGAUGACCGUUCCCCUCAAACACCGAUAUUCAGAAAAACUGAGCGACUUAGAGAGCAAUUACGAGAAACUACUGAACUGCUCGAGGAAGAGACAGAGCAACCUGGAGAAGCUGCACGACUUUGUAUCGCGCGCCACCCAGGAGCUCAUCUGGCUCAACGAGAAGGAGGAGGAGGAGGUGGCCUUCGACUGGAGCGACCGGAACGGCAACAUCAACAACAAACGGGACUACCACGCCGACCUGAUGAGGGAGCUGGAGGAGAAGGAGGAGGCCAUCAAGUCGGUGCAGGACAAGGCGGAGAGCCUGAUGCUGGAGCAGCACCCGGCCAGGCCCACGAUAGAGGCCUACCGGGCGGCCAUGCAGACCCAGUGGAACUGGAUCCUUCAGCUCUGCUCCUGCGUGGAACAGCACCUCAAGGAGAACGCCGUCUACUUCGAGUUCUUCGGUGAGGCCAAGGAGUCCCUGGACCGCCUGAAGAACCUCCAGGACGCCAUCCACAGGAAGUACAGCUGCGACCGCACCAGCAGCCUGCACAAGCUGGAGGACCUGGUCCAGGAGUCCAUGGAGGAGAAGGAGCAGCUGCUGCAGUACUCGACCACGGUGGCAGGCCUGGUGGGCCGCGCCAAAACCAUCGUCCAGCUCCGGCCGCGCAACCCUGACAGCCCCGUCAGGAGCUCCAUCCCCGUCAAGGCCAUCUGCGACUACCGCCAGAUCGAGAUCACCAUCUUUAAGGACGACGAGUGCGUCCUGGCCAGUAACGCUCACCGGGCCAAGUGGAAGGUGAUCAACCCGGGGGGCAACGAGGCCAUGGUGCCCUCGGUGUGCUUCACCGUGCCCCCCCCCAACAAGGAGGCCUUGGAGAUGGCCAGCAGGAUCGAGCAGACGUACCAGAACGUUCUGUCUUUGUGGCACCACUCCCACGUCAACAUGAAGAGCGUGGUGUCUUGGCACUACCUCAUGGCCGACAUACGCGCCAUCCGUAACUGGAACGUGGCUUCGGUGAAGACCCUGUUGUCGGGGGCCCACCAGCAGGAGGUGCUCAGCAACCUGGACUCCCACUUCGAGGAGUUCCUGGCGGACAGCGAGGAGUCUGAGGUGUUCACGGUGGCGGACCGCGCCCACUCGGAGCGCGAGGUGGAGGCCUGCAAGCAGUACUACGAGGAGCUGCUCCGCUCGGCUGAGAGAGAGGAGCACGAGGAGUCCCAGUACAACCACUACAUCUCGGAGGUGCGUAACUUCCGCAUGCACCUGGAGGCUCACGAGGAGCACCUGAUCCGCAAGAUCAGAACGCCCCUGGACCGCGACGACCUGGAGCAGAGCCAGCUGCGCAUCAGCGAGCAGGAGAAGAAGAUGAGUGAGCUGGACCAGCUGAAGGGAGACCUUGAGGUGAUGAAGGAGAAGUGCGAGGUGUUCCUCAAGCAGGCGUCCACCUUCCCCUCGCUGCCCACGCUGUCCUCUGAGCUGCUGGUCCUGGUGCAGAACAUGGGCCAGGUCUACUCCAUGUCCUCCAUCUUCAUGGACAAACUGAAGACGGUGAGCUUGGUGGUGGAGAACAGCCAGAGAGCCGACGCCCUGGUCAAGGUCUUCGAGUCCAAACUAUACGAGGAGGACGCGGUCAACUGUGACCUCAAAUCCAUCGAGACGGUCAUCAGCACACUCAAGCAUUGGCGGUCAGAGAUGGACGAGCAGCAGGAGGUGUUCCACGACAUGGAGGACGAGCUGAAGAAGGCGCGCAGCAUCAGCGAGCGCAUGUUCAAGGUCCACAACGAGCGGGACUUUGACCUGGACUGGCACCGCGAGAAGGCCGACCAGCUCAGCGAGAGAUGGCACAGCGUUCACUCCCAGAUCGACAACAGGCUCCGGGAACUGGAAAGUAUCAGCAAGUCUCUGAAAUACUACAAAGACUCGUUCAGCAGUUUGGACGAGUGGGUCAAGGACAUGGAGGCCGCCCAGCUUAAAGCCCAGGAGAACCAACCCGAAGACAGCAAGGCUCUGGCUGAGCUGCUCAACACUCAGAAGGUUCUGGUUGCGGAAAUCGAGCAAAAACAGAGCAGGAUAACAGAAUGCCAGAAGCACUCGGAGCAGUACUCCUCUGCUGUCAAAGAUUACGAGCUUCAGCUGAUGACCUACAGAGCCAUGGUGGACUCCCAGCAUAAAUCUCCGCUGAAGAAACGCAGGAUGCAGAAUUCCUCAGACGCGAUCCAGCAGGAGUUCAUGGAUCUGCGAACGCGCUACACCGCCCUGGUCACGCUCAUGACCCAGUGUGUUAAGUUCGCCAGCGAGACGCUGAGACGGGCCGAGGAGGAGGAGAGAUCGGCUGAUGAGGAGAAGAAGGAACAUGGGGAUAAAGUUAGCAAUCUGUUGCACUGGAUGUCCGAUGUGAAAAAGGGCCUGAGCAAUGGAGGCAAAGAUAUGACCGAUGGUAACGCAAACACAGAAGCCUCUAAUAAGCCCAAGGUUUCCAUCGAGGAGAUGGUCACCAAAAAGGAACAAAUCGCAGAAGCCCUGAGGGCAACUCAAAUGAUGUUGAAUAAACAUAGUGACAAAAUGUCGGAGGAGGAGAGGCAGAAAGCCCAGGAACAGCUGAUGGCUCUCAGCCAGGCCUACUGCGACCUAUCCCAGCAGUGUGCAGAUCAGAUGCCCUCCACAGACCAGGAUUUUGAAGUUGAAACCUGGGACGAGUUCACUGCUCAGAAUGGUCGAAAUGAUCAGGGGGAAAUCGAUUUCCUGCUGGCCUGUCCUCUAAACUCUGGUCUCUAUGGUUCUGAUCUAGAGGUGUGUCCGGAGAUAAACCGUGCCCUGAAACAGGACGCUAGGUAUAACACACCCCCCCACCAAAGCCCUGAUCUGAACAACGAAGGCAAGUCUACCCAGAGUCCUCCACCUCCCUCCACUGUACCCCUGACAGCACAAUCCACACUCAGGGAGGGUGGAGGGAAGGGAUCAGAGCAGCUGCUCAUUAACAGGAUAGGCUUCCAGCACGUAGGAGACGAAUUGAACAUGUGCUGUACUGGUGGUGACGCGGUGACCGUAGAGAGGACUUAUCGGUCAAGCUUGUUCCCCGCUACUGUCAAUACAAACAUUCUCGAGAACCCACAACUGCAAAGGCCUGAGGAGAGUAGUGCAGGGUAUGGGGAAAGGGGGAUCGAGGGUUCACAUUCAUCAUUCACACCGGAGCAUAUUAAGAUGCUGUUUGCGGACGGAAAUACCUCGCCAGAAUUGCUUAUAGGACAGGGUGUGGGGCAGAGUCAGCAGACAGACGUUGGGCUCCUAGAUGGGGGGGGAAUGACGGCGGAUGAAGCUGUCCAGUGUGAUUUGAUGAGACAUAGUACUACACUCAUUGUGCUGGAUAAACAGAAGGGUUUUACAGGACUUUUAAUUCCUAGCUCAGAUGAAAUCACCAUCGUGUCCUCCUGGUCCGAGCACCGACAACUUGACAGUGACUACAGCAGCACGCUGCUCAGAGAUCGGCCAAAGAUAGCAGCUUUUUACAUACCAGAAAACGAUGAAGUGGUAGACAUUGAUUCCGCCACUAAAUUGGGUUUCAUUGACCAUCACACAGCAGAGUUGUUGAAAUCUAUAGAGUUUCCAGCAGCAUUGCCGGAUAUUGAACAGCUCAAUGCAAAAUUUUCCUCCUGGCUCAUGCUAAGGGAACUCACACUCGAUGGCAAUCGUGCCUCAGGCGAUCUAGAGUCAAGCAUUGGACAUCCAAGGACUCCAUCUCCUUCAGAGAUGAGGCAGUUGCUCACCUCAUAUCUCAUGAUGAACAGUUACCUGGACACAAAGUCGGAGCAAAGGCUGGUGGUUCUCGAUAGACGCUUGACAAACAUGGUUCAGCAUUUAGUUGAAGACUUGGCCUUAAGUGAAUCACAGGAACCCAUGUGUUCAUCUGAUGAUUCUGAUGUUUAUGACAUUUCAAGGCAGGGAGGUUACGAGGUGGACAGAGAGAACUAUACAGAGCCAGGGGCGUCGUUGCACAUUGAUGAGGAGGACACAAAUGAUCUGUCGAGAAACAUGCUUGCAUUUGAGUCACAUGCUACAGUCACCUUGGGAAGCGUUGGUAUCUUUGACCAAGCACAAUUCAGUCAUGCAGAGGGAGCUGAAUAUAAUGCAUAUGAGAGCACUUUUUGUGUUUCGAUAGAAUCCGGUUCAUUUGAUAAGGACAACGAUUACACACAUUCUAGUGCAUUUGAUAUGAGGUUAGACGAAACCCAAUUAACACACAUGGAGGUCACCGAAUAUAAUGCUGACGACACAGUGUGUGUUUCUACAGAAUACAUUUCAUAUGAUGAGGACAGAGAUUACACACAUUCUACAGAAUUUGAUAUGAGCUUAGAUGAAACACAGUUAACACAUGUGGAGGUCGCUGAAUAUAGUGCGGACGACAACACAGUGUGUAUUUCUACACAAUACAUUUCAUUUGAAAAGAGCAUCGAUAAUACACAUUCCACUGAAUUUGAAGGUGUAAAUACGCAAUAUUAUUUGGGCACUGAACAAGAAAGAAAUAACUAUGAAGGGUUUGAUAUUCCAAUGCUUUCUGAGACUUCCAACUUCCCCACUUCGUGUUCAGGGAACGUCCUGACUUCUCAUUCACUGUCAAUCAAAAAUAACUCAGAAAGUUAUUCAGCUGCUCUAAAUUCAUCUGAUGAAACACAGUCUGACCUCAAUCCUAACUCACUGUGUAUCAGGUCAGGACAUACAAAUGAUGUAAGCACAGAACCCUCAUGCUUCCAACGAGUGCCAGAAAACACACUGACAGUGACACACAAGAAUACCUAUGCUCUUGAAAAAGCCCAAAUAGAGCAAGGGGACAUAUUAUCACAUACCACAUCUGUGGAUAAUUAUAGCCCAGAGAGACCUGUGUUUAAUGAGCUAGCGUCUGGCUCACUUGUUCUGCAGCUGUCUGGAGAGGAGCAGAGAGCAGACGAGAAAGGCCCAUUGUCAGUCCUCAAACAAUCAGUGCCAAGUGGCUCAGAGUCCUCUUAUGAUGCCUUGCAUAUUAAUGACCCACCGAGCCUUCUGGGUAGUGGGUGUGAUAUAAACUCCAAUUGCCUGGUCACCAUGGGCGGCAAUUUGGCUUUCAAGGAUGUCAGUGAGCGAGUAACUGCGGUCGUGCCUCCCUCGGACCCGACGCCCAGAGCUAUCAUUAACCCUGAGGAAAGUGUCAGUGAUUUCACAUGCAUUCAGCGAAUCCCAGGGCUCAUCAGUGGGCGUGAUCAGGAGAGCUCCUUGCAGCACUUCACUGAGAGCAAGGUGGCCGUGAUGAUGCUUGAUGUCCCUGAUGAGCAGAUCGAUGGGAUGGGUUUAGAGGGUAGAAGUGAACGUGCAGAAUGGAGGUCAGUAGGAAAGGCAGGAGAAAUAAGCCAUCCUCCACAUCCUGUACUCGCCUCAUUCAUUAGUCACGGGCCUGCUGGCACUCAGAUGAGCUCAUCCGUCUCCUGGAAUCAGGUUACAGAAGCCAGUUCGUUUCCUCACAAUGACGGAGCGCUUUCACCCAGGGCAGAUUUGGGCAGGCAGGAAAUGAUCCAUAGCCAGCUCACGCAUACGAUCAAUCAAUAUGAAACCGCGAGCCAAAAUCAUGCUCAACCAACCCAGUCCCCGGUGCCUGAUCAGACCGACAGAGCCUUUGACUGCAGCAUUGAGUCACCGCUGGCACAUGAAUAUACGACUCUGGCCAACCUGUGUUGUGAAGGUGACGGCUCACCUGUCGAUAGAGACUUUCUGACAGACAAGGGCUGUUACGGCCUUCCUGGCAAUCCUACCGUCAGCCCUGUUCAGAGUGACUCGGGCAUGUCCUCAUCGCACAGCGAUGUGUUGUCCGAGGAGAGUAAAACGGAAAAUGUGUCUGUGAGCCUCGCUCAGUCAUCUUUGAUUAGUGAGCACAGUCAGGCUAGGGAUGACGCAUUGCCCAGGGAUGUGUUUGAAAGUGCAGUUAGCUCAUGCACUGCGUCCAGGGGAGAUGAUGAGAGGGAGAUCACAGGAGCCAGCCAUGAAAUUACAUAUCCUGAACAGCCGUUCGGUUCAGAAGGGAAUUGUUCCGUUGAAAUGAAGCCCGCGUCUGCUGUAUUGCAGGCUGGCAUAGGUGAUACAGGAUGCAUUCAAGCAGGUGCCGAUUCUAACAACAGGUUGGAGUCGGAUUUCAUUGCUGCAGACGUAGUCGAAUUUGGCAGGGAUAUUGGCAGUACAAUUUCCUUAGAGGAACAGCACGGCCAAAGUUUGACCAUGACUAAUGAUGGCAUGCCGGUCUGUUUGUCUACUGAUCCAGAUACCAUAGAAACACGUAUGAUUGGACUCAGCGACACGACAAUGAAAAUAGACUGCUGUUCAAACAAAACCAUAAGUGCAGACAUCCACUCUGACCGUCUCCCUAAUGAUAAGCAAACAGGUUCACAAACGGUCAUUUCAGCAGAUGGAAAUAGAUGCAGCGAUUAUACUUUUGCACAGAGUCCCACUUCAUUUUCUGGUGGUUUAUCAGACUCGCCUAUUGUUAUAGGUGAUACAGGAUGCAUUCAAGCAGGUGCCGAUUCUAACAACUGGUUGGAGUCGGAUUUCAUUGCUGCAGAUGUAGUCGAAUUUGGCAGGGAUAUUGGCAGUACAAUUUCCUUAGAGGAACAGCACGGCCAAAGUUUGACCAUGACUAAUGAUGGCAUGCCGGUCUGUUUGUCUACUGAUCCAGAUACCAUAGAAACACAUAUGAUUGGACUCAGCGACACGACAAUGAAAAUAGACUGCUGUUCAAACAAAACCAUAAGUGCAGACAUCCACUCUGACCGUCUCCCUAAUGAUAAGCAAACAGGUUCACAAAUGGUCAUUUCAGCAGAUGGAAAUAGAUGCGGCGAUUAUACUUUUGCACAGAGUCCCGCUUCAUUUUCUGGUGGUUUAUUAGACUCGCCUGCCUUCUCAGACAAAGCUUAUCUUUCUGAUGUUGUGAGGCGUAUUCAUGACAAGCAAGAGGCCUUGGGUGUAGAGGAGGUCCACUUAGAUCCCUUACCUGACAGCACACAGCCUGUUGAAGGUGGUACAGAUGAUGUAACUGCUGAAGCCUUGCUAAAGACUAACACACAGAUUGAUGGGCAGUGUACGCAGCAGGCUAACGUAGACAACGUGGCUGUUGAAGGGGUCAACAUAGAUGCCUUACAAAAGCCUGACACACAACAUGGAGGAGCAGAGGUAGAAGGGGUUAAAGUUGAUGUCUUGCAACAGACUUACACACAACAGGAUGAGAGGGGGGCUGAGCAAGUUAGGGUCAAUGCCUCAGAAGAACCCAACAUAGAGCAUGAAGGCGGGGGUGUAAACAGGUUAAACAUUGACAGGGGUGUAGAAGGGGAGAAUGCAGAUACCUUACACGAACCUAACACAAACCAUGAGGAAAAGCGUGCAGAGCAGAUGCAUGACGACAAAGGGGCUAUGAUGAAUGGAGUUGCUUUACAGAAAGUCAACACGCAACAUGAUGAAGGGGAUACAGAGAGGUUUAAUGUUGAGGAGGGGGUUAUGGAAGAGGGAGGCCGAGAUGCACAGUGUAUUGAGGAUGUCAAUGUAGAUCUGUUAGAGAAACCCGACACAGAACGUGAAGCAGCAGGUGUGAAAGGGUUUAAUGUUGAAAUCUUGCAGGAGACUUACACACCACAUGUUGAAGGGGGUGCAGAAGGGGUUUAUGAAGGUGCCUUGCAAGAACCCAAAAGUCAAUCUGGUCAAGGGGACACAGAACAGGUCAACAUAUCUGAGGGGGCUAUUGACGGGGUUAACAUAGAUGUCUUACCGAAACCUGACCGACAACACCAAGAAGGGGGCAAGGAGAAGGCUGACAUAUCUAUAGACGUGACGGGCCUAGAUGGAAAGUGUAUUGAAGAGGUCACCAUUCAUGCCUUACUAAAGGCAAGCCCACAAAAAGGAGAAGUGGGGAUAGAUGGGGUUAAUCUAGAUGACUCGCAAGAGACUCACACAGGACAUGACGAUGGGCUUACUGAGCAGUUUAAGGUAGAUGCCGUACAAAAGCCCAACGCAUGCUAUGAAGAAGGGGAUGUAAAAGGUGUUAACAGUGAUGGAAAGGGCAUUGAAGGGCAAGAGUUGAAUGUGGAAGUCUUAGGAAAGAACACAACACAACAUGAAGAAAGGGGUCUUAAUGCAGAGUCUAUUGAAGAGGUCCACUUAGAUACCUUAGAAGGUGGAGUCAAAGUUGAUAGGCAAGAGAGUAAAACACUCCAAGAUGAAGAGGGUACAGUAGGGAUUAACAUAGAUGCCUUACAAAAAUCCAGGACACAACUUGUUGAAGGGGGUGUAAAAGAGGGUAACAGUUAUGAAGGGGGAAUCGAAACAGUUAACAUGGAUGAAAGGGCUGUUGAAGAGCUUAUUGUAGAGGCUUCGCUGAGGCCAAACACACCAAUUGAAGAACGGGGUUCAGAGAUGGCGGACACACAACGUGUAAAUGGGGGUGCAGAGGAGUCAGUGGUAGAUGACUUGCGAGACGCCACAACAGAAGAGGACAGAGGUAGUGUCACUGAGGACCAGGACACUAUGACACGGUGGUCAGACAUGGCGUUAACUACUGAAGACGAACCCCUUGACAGCCUUCAAAUCAGUGGCCUAGAGCAUCUUGUAAAAUGGCGCGAUCAACUCGACCUCAGUGCAACCGCACAGGACUUGGGAGACCUAGACAGUGAGACUGAAGAGGAACUCGGUGAGGCCUCUGACAUGACCCAGCCACUUGAUGUGGGAAGCCUCCAAUCCAAACUGCUCCAGGUUCUGCAGAACGUGCCGGAAAGCCAAGAUCAGUCCGUGCUCAAGGGAGUUAUAGAGAGCCUGGUUAUGGGCUCUGACUCCGAGGAAGAGAGAUGGCACACCCUGGAUAGCAUCAAGGAAGAGAGCUCAGAGGAGGAGGAGGAGGAUGGGGAGAGGAUGGAUACCAGUGAAGACCCAAGUCUCCGUCUCAGUACUGAGCUCUGCCAUCCACUGCCUGCCCAGACCUCUUCUGAAGUCCCCUUCGAUGGGGAAGACAAGCAGAACAAUUUGCCCUGCUGCACUCAGGAGUACCUGGAGUGCUUGGGAGGACUGCAGGACCACGCAGACUUUUUAGAUGAUGUCAAAAAUGAACUUUUAUCCCAGUGCUCCUUCAGCAGCAACAUGGAGGAGUUGCAGGACCAGCUCGGAGAUGUGCAGACGAUGAUGUGCAACCUGGCUAAAUUAGAAGUUGUACUCAUGGCGGACUUGGAGAAAGCAAAGGAGCUGUUGGGUUCGGUCGACGGCUACAUUCCCACACAGAUCCGACAGGACUUGGCUUCAUCGCUGAAACAUCUCGGGACCGACUUUACUGCCAUUUCUCAAAUGUGCACAAUAAAAAGUCAAGCUUUAACUCAGGCAAUCGAAUCUGGAAAGUUACAUUUGGAUGGGAUAUACCAGAAACAUCUCAGUAAGUUGGAUAAGCUAAGCGGCUGCCUUCAAGACAACUCUGAGACGUGGGACGCUGGUUUGCUCAACACGUACGAUGUGGAGACGCUGAAACAAAAACUCCAGCAGAACAAGGAAAUGGAAAGCAACUUGCAACAGGGAGUGCGUCUCGUGUUGGAGGACGUGGCCUUCGACGUCCAGUCGUUUGUCUCAGAGAACACCGAGUUCUUGAGCUCGGCUCAGAGCAAACACAUCCUCAAGCUGCUGAGCACCACUCAGCGAGCGUUCAGGGAACAGACAGAGACAGUGGCCGCCCAGAGACAGGCCCUGGAAGGCCUGCUGGACGCCAGGGAGAGAGACACGCAGCAGCAGGUCGUCACAGAAAAACAGAAGGAGUUUGCAAGCAAGUUAGACGAGCUCUGCGACAGCCUCACCCUCACCGAGAACCGUCUGAUGGGCCACCAGCACGAGGCCGGACACGCGGACAGCGUUAGCGACCUGCAGCAGUACCAGCAGGAGCACCAGGCCCUGCAGAAGGACGUGCUGACCAACGCCGGGGCCUUGAACGACGUCAUCAGCAGCACCAAGAAGUUCCUGGAGGAGAACCGGGCCAAGAUGAGCCCGGAGCAGGUGGCCGCGGUGGAGAAGAAGCUGGAGGAGGCCAAGAGCAAGGCCAAGCUCAUCAACCAACGGGCCGAAGAGUCCAGGAAAGACCUGGAGAAGGUGGUGACGACGGCCAUCAAGCAGGAGAGCGAGAAGACGGCGGCAGUGGAACAGCUCGAAGAGAGCAAGAACAAGAUCGAGGGACUGCUGGGCUGGAUCUCUAACAUCGGGAACGAGAAGGAGGCCGGAACGGGAUCCCCCGGCGACGUGAGCAAGGAGAACGGGAACCUCCCCGAGGAGACGUCCGCGGCAGGGGCGCCGGGAGAGGAGGAGGAGAAAGAGGACGACGCCAAUGGCAACGGCCCAGAUACCGCUGAGACCGACUCAGUGAGCCGGACCAAUGAGAAGAACGCCUCACUGGAUAUUGACAAGCAGUAUGACCGUGUCAAGGCGCGGCACCAGGAGAUCCUGUCCCAGCAGCAGGAGCUGAUCAUGGCCACGCAGUCGGCCCAGGCCCUGCUGGACAAGCAGGCCCAGGUGCUGGCUCCGGAGGAGCAGGAGAAGCUGCAGCGGGACGUCCAGGAGCUGCGGGCCCGCUACGACGCCUCCCUCACCCAGGCCGAGCAGCAGAUGAAGCAGGUGCAGAGCGUCCAGGAGGAGCUCGGGAAGUUCCAGGGCGACAGCGUGGAGUUCGAGGCGUGGCUGGACCAGGCGGAGGCGGAGAUGGAGGAGCUGUGCGCUCCGGGCGACGGCCUGGACGUCCUCGCCCAGAAGCUCCAGCGGCAGAAGAGCUUCUCGGAGGACGUGAUCUCCCACAAGGGGGACCUCCGCUUCAUCACCAUCUCGGGGCAGAAGGUUCUGGACGUGGCCAAGGCCUGCAGCUCGGCGGACGCCAUGGAUAAGGGCUCCCAGCUCGCGGUGGAUACCUCCGGAUCCUGCGCUUCAGUCAAGAAGAAGCUGGACUCUGCAGCCGGCCGCUACAAAGCAUUAUAUACUCAGUGCAACAGUUUGGCCAGCAACCUGAAGGACGUGGUGGACAAGUACACCAAGUAUGAAGACUCAUCCGCCGAGUUGGUGAAGUGGCUGAACAGCUCAGAGGAGGAGGCCAGAAGACAGCAGUCUGAGGCCAUCGCUGCCGACCCCCAGACGCUGCAGAUACAACUGGAAGACACCAAGUCACUGCAGGGACAGAUGACGGGCCGGCAGACCGCGGUCGAAACACUCCGCAAAACGUCCGACUCUCUGAUCUCGUGCGAGGGCGACCUCCUCAGCCACCCGGAGGCCAUCCAGGAGAUCGUGGAUGACAUCGCUGAGCGCUACGACAACCUGUCCAAGUCGGUGAGCGACCGCAACGAGAAGCUGCAGAUCACGCUGACCCGGUCCAUGAGCGUGCAGGACGGCCUGGACGAGAUGAUGGGCUGGAUGCAGGGGCUGGAGGACAGCGUGAGGGAGAAGGGGUCCGUCCCGCUGGACUCCCCGGCCUUGGGGUCCCUCCUCAGCAAAGAGGCAGCGCUGGGCCAGGACAUUGCCAGCCGCCAGAGCAGCAUCUCCGCCAUCAAGGCCAAGGUGGAGAAGUUCGCCGAGACGGCCGACGCCAGCGCCGCGGCUCCGCUGCAGUCCAAGAUGGAGUCUCUCUCCCGCCGCCUCGCCGACACCUGCGACUCCCACAACCUGAAGGUGUCGGGCCUGGAGGAGGUCAAGGACAAGGUGGAGCGCUUCGAGAAGACGGCCGAGGAGGUGCAGCAGUUUGUGCAGAAGCGGUCGCAGGAGCUGCGCGAGACGGACGGCCCGGGGAAAAGCUUCAAGGAGCUGUCGCAGCUCGUGAAGGACACCACGGCUGAGAUGGCCGAACACAGCAAGGACCUGGACAUGCUGAAGAGCCUGUCCAAGGAGCUCUGCCCCAUCAACCCCGAGGCGAGCAAGGCCCAGAUCCAGGGCCGGCUGGACAGCCUCGCCAGUGACUACAGCACCCUGAAGGACAUCGUGAAGGAGAAGGAAGAGGAGGUGUCCUCCUGCCAGGAUCAGCUGGCGGCGUUCCGGACUGCGGCGGGGGCUCUUACCUCCUGGCUGGAGGAGACGGACCGGAAGGUUCCGACCCUUCAGCCCGGCAGCGGCGGGACACAGAGCCUGGAGAAGGACCUGCUCAGCCUCAACGGCUUACUGGAGGAAUGGACGGCCAAGGGCCCCGCAGUGCAGGAACUAAACAGCCAGGGUGCCGCCCUGUGCACACACAUCAGCGCCCUCACAUCCCCGGCCAAGAAAAACGGGGCCAAUAAGUCAGCUGUUACUAACGGUGGUGGUCCGGCCGGGAGUCAUGCCUACCUUACCAAUAAAGACCUCAUGGUGAUCCAGCAGAACAUGUCCUACGUCAGCGAGGGCUACACCACCCUCGAGGGCAGGCUGAGGAGCUCAGCGGCCCAGCUCAGCGAGCUGCUGGAGGGGGUGAAGGAGACCCAGAAGGAGGCGGACCUCAUGGUGGCCUGGCUGGGGGACAUGAAGCACAAGGCGGCCUCCGGGAACUCUGAAGCCGGGGAGAAGGGCUCGGUGAAAGCGCAGCUGGAGCAGCAGAAGGAGUUUGAAGCCGACAUGAAGCAAAAGCAGGAGAAGCUCCAGCAGCUGAGACAGAAGCUCCUCCACCUGCUGGAGACCCACCCGGAUUCUCCCGAGGCGGCGACCUGGAAACAGAUGCUGGCAGAGAUAGACGCCGCCUGGGAUGAGGUCACUUCCUGCGCGGAGGAGAGGAAGCAGCACCUGGAGCGCUCCAGCCGGAACCUGGAGGCCUUCCACACGGCGGAGCCCCAGCUGCGGCAGUGGCUCUCGGAGAAGGAGCUGAUGAUGACCGUGCUGGGGCCGCUCUCCGUCGACCUCAACAUGCUGAAGAUGCAGAAGCAGCAAGUCCAGAUCCUCCAGAACGAGUUUGAGAGUCGUAAGCCCCAGUACGAGGAGCUCCACAAGGCCGCCGCCGCCAUCCUGGACCCCACCUCCUCCACCUCCCCCACCUCCCCCUCCUCCUCGUCCUCAGAGGUCCAGGCGGUCACGGAGCAGCUGGCGGGUGUCACCCAGAAGUGGGAGGACGUGACGGGCCAGCUGGGCAGCCGGGCCGGCCUCAUCGACCAGGCGGCGCUGAAGACGGGCCAGCUCCAGGAGCUCCUGAAGGGCCUGGGCGCGGCCAGCGGCCGGCUGGACGCCCAGCUCAGCGGGGAGCAGGGCCAGCAGCACAGCACCCAGCCCGACGCCGUGAAGAAGCAGCUGGAGCAGGUGCACUCCAUCUCGGCCCAGCUCCGGGAGGAGAGGCGCAGGCUGAAGGAGGCGGAGGCGGUGGCGACCGAGCUCACCGCCAUGGUGACGGAGGACUACCUGAAGGCCGACCUGGCCCGGCAGCUGGAGAGCGUCAGCAAGCCCUUCAAACAGCUGGAGGAGAAAGCAGCCAAGCGCGCCCAGCAGCUGGCCUCCACCUUCGACAGCUCCCAGCAGUUCCACCGCGCCUCGGAGGAGUUCCAGACCUGGCUGGACGAGAGGCUCCGCGAGGAGGCCUCCCCAAGGCCCGUCUCGGCCCAGGUGGAGCCCCUCCAGCGCAGCCUGACGGAGCACGAGGCCCUGCGGCGGGCCCUGAGCGACCACGAGCGGCCCUACGCCACCAUCGCCGGCGAGGGCGAGGCGCUGCUGCAGGACACGGACGGCGCGGAGAAGCUGGCGCUGCAGGGCCAGCUCGCCACCCUCUCCUCCAACUGGGAGGCGGUGAAGAAGGGCUCGGCCGACCGCGGCGAGGCCCUAGCGACCGCGCUGCAGCGCGCCGUGAGGUACCGCGACCAGGCGGAGAAGCUGAGCGCCUGGGCGGAGGAGUGCGAGGCCAGCCGGGACCGCGUGCAGACGGCCGUGGACCCCGUGGCCCUGGAGAGCUCCCUCUCGCAGCUCAAAGCCCUGCAGAAGGACGUGGACAAGCACCGCGGGGCGGUGGAGCAGCUCAACGCGGCGGCGGACAGCCUGCUAGAGGCGGCCAACGCCGACACCGACGGCGUCAAGGAGGAGCGGGCGGCCCUCGGCGAGAGGGUGGACAAGCUGGCGGAGGGGCUGCAGAGCAAGAGGGAGUCGCUGGAGAAGACCUCGCAGACGCUGAAGGACUUCAACGACACCCGGAAGGAGGCCAAGAGCCAGAUAGAGAGGGCCCAGAAGCAGGUGGAGGCCUACGAGUCGCUGGGGGCGCAGGCCCACAGCACCAAGACCCUGACCAACAUGAAGGCCCAGCAGAAGAGCCUGGAGGCGGUGCAGAGCCAGCUGGAGCAGCUGAAGAACCUGGCCAAGGACCUGGUGGUGGACGUCCCCGACGCCGACGGCGUGACGGACCUCCUGCUGCAGGCCGACGGCCUGGAGAAGGACUACGGCUCCCUGAACAAGAAGGUGGAGGAGACCUGCUCCACGCUGGAGGGCAAGCUGCAGGGCAUCGGUCAGUUCCAGAACGACAUCCGGGAGAUGUACGGCGAGUUCACCGACCUGGACGACGAGCUGGACGGCAUGGAGCCCGUCGCCCUGGACCUGGCCGCUCUGAAGGACCAGCAGGAGGGCAUCCAGGGCUUCACCACCAAGCUGCGGGAGGUGACGGCCAACACGGUCAACGCCGGGGAGAACUGCAGGAAGAUGCUGGAGACGGAGUCGUCGCCGGAGCUCUUCGGCCUGAAGAGAGAUGUGGACGCUCUCAGCAAGCAGUGCGGCAAACUGCUGGACCGGGCGAGGGGCCGGGAGGAGCAGGUCGUGGAGGCGCGCCGACACCUGGAGGAGCUCCACUCCAAGCUGCGGCGCAGCGGGGAGAAGCUGAGCCGCGCCGUGGCGACGGAAGAGGCCCAGGGGGUGGUUGCCGUGGAGACGGAGGUCAUCAACCAGCAGCUGGAGGCCUUUAAGGUGUUCGAGAAGGAGGAGAUCGAGCCUCUGCAGACGGAGCUCCAGGACAUCAACUCCCUGGGCCAGGCCCUGAUCCAGGGCGCCGCCAAGGCCUCCAGCACUCAGGGUCUGGAAGACGAGCUGGACAGCAUCAACGCCAAGUGGAACACGCUCAACAAGAAGGUCGCCGAGCGGUCGGCCCAGCUCCACGAAGCCCUGCUGCAUUGUGGGAGAUUCCAGGACGCCCUGGAGUCGUUGCUAAGCUGGCUGACCGACACAGAGGAGCUGGUGGCCAAUCAGAAGGCUCCGUCCGCCGAGUUCAAAGUGGUCAAGGCGCAGAUCCAGGAACAGAAGCUCCUCCAGAGACUGCUGGACGACCGCAAGCCCACGGUGGAGCUGAUCAAGAAGGAGGGGGGCAAGGUGGCGGAGCUGGCAGAGUCUGUGGACCGGGACAAGGUGGCCAGGGAGAUGGAGGGCCUCGGGCAGAGGUGGGACACGCUGCUCAAGAAGGCUGAGAACAGACACAAGCAGCUAGAGAGCAUCCUGGUCGUCACACAGAAGUUCCACGAAACCCUGGAGCCCCUCUCUGAUUGGCUGCAGGCUACAGAGAAGCACCUGGCCAACUCUGAACCCAUUGGCACCGAGUCGUCCAAACUGGAGAAGCAGAUCUCCCAGCAAAAGGCCUUAGAGGAGGAGAUCCUCAGCCACAGCCGCGACCUGUGCCAGGCGCUCAGCCUGGGCCAGAUGCUGCGGGGCGCAGUGAGCGCGGUGGACGACGUGGACCUGGUGCAGGUGCGGCUGGACGCCACGCAGGCGUCCUACAUCGAGCUCCAGGAGCGCUGCCGCCGCCGCGCGGACACGCUGCGCCAGGCGCUGGCCAACGCCCGCCUGUUCGGCGAGGACGAGGUGGCGCUCAUGAACUGGCUGAGCGAGGCCCACGGCCGGCUCAGCGAGGCGGGCGUUCAGGACCCCCGGCCGGACGCGCUGGAGGAACAGCUGGCGGAGCAACGGGCUCUCCAGGAGGACAUUAAGCUGAGGCGGCAGAACGUAGACCAGGCCAUCGCCAACGGCAUGGAGCUGCUGAAGCAGACCACCGGGGACGAGGUGGUCGCCAUCCAGGGCAAACUGGACGGGAUCAAGACCAAGUACGCUGAGAUCGACACCAUGAGCCGGGGCGUGUGUGACAACCUGCAGAGGGUGCUGGGCCUGUCCACCGAGCUGCAGGGCACCCACCAGGAGCUGGACUCCUGGCUGGGGGGGGUGGAGGCCGAGGUCAGCUCCUUCGCCGGCCUGAAGCCCGUCGGAGAGGAGCUCACCCAGGCCCAGGACAGACAGAAGGCCCUGCUGAAGGAGGCCAAGGAACGGAAGCCCCUGGUGGACAAACUGAACGAGCUGAGCGGCUCGCUGCUCGACCUGGUUCCCUGGCACGCCCGCGAGGGCCUGGACAAGCUGGUCACCGCCGACAACGAACGCUACCGGGCCCUCAGCGACGCGGUGACCCAGCACGUCGACCGGAUCAACGCAGACAUGCUCAAGUCCCAGCAGUUCGGAGACGCGGCGGACGCUGAGCUGGCCUGGCUCAGCGAGGCCCAGGACCGGCUGCAGUCAAUGGGGGAGAUCCGGCUGGAGCAGGAUCAGACCCUCGCCCAGCUCCAGGCUCAGAAGGUGUUUUCCAUGGACAUCAUGAGGCACAAAGACAGCGUCGACGAGCUGGUGAAGACGGGCAAGGCCAUCAUGGACAGCAAGAGCCCCGAGGAGAAGGAAGUCCUCCAGGCUAAGAGUCAGGCGCUGGUGGAGAGGUACGCGGCGGUCUGCCAGCUGAACUCGGAGCGCUGUCUGCAGCUGGAGCGCGCCCAGUCCCUGGCCGGCCAGUUCUGGGAGACCUACGAGGAGCUGUGCCCCUGGCUCCAGGACACGCUGGCCGCCUUCAGCCAGCUGCACCUCCCCGCCAUCGAGUACGAGACCCUGAGGCGGCAGCAGGAGGAGCUGAGGCAAAUGCGAGAGCUGAUCGCCGAGCACAAGCCCCACAUCGACAAGAUGAACAAGACGGGACCCCAGCUGCUGGAGCUCAGCCCCCUGGAGGGGGAGCCCAUCAGGGAGAAGUACACGGCCACCGACCGGCUGUACGCCAAGCUGAAGGCCGACGUCACGCAGAGAGCCGCCACCCUGGACGAGGCCAUCUCCAAGUCCACUCAGUUCCACGACAAGAUCGACCCGAUGCUGGAGUCCCUGGAGCGGAUGUCGGAGCGGCUGCGCCAGCCCCCCUCCAUCUCGGUGGAGGUGGAGAAGAUCCGCGAGCAGCUGACGGAGAACAAGGCGGGGUCCAUGGACCUGGAGAAGCUGCAGCCGUCCUACGAGAUGCUGAGGCAGCGCGGCGAGGAGAUGAUCGCCCGAUCGGAAGGCGCUGACAAGGACCUCUCUGCCAAAGCGGUCCAAGACAAACUGGACCAGAUGGUGUUCCUGUGGCAGGACAUCCAGGCCCUGCAGGAGGAGCGCGAGGCCAAGCUGCUGGACGUGAUGGACCUGGCCGACAAGUUCUGGUGCGAGCACUGUGCCCUCCUCAUCACCACCAAGGACAGCCAGGACCUGCUGAAGGAGCUUGAGGAGCCGGGGGUGGACCCCUCCGUGGUCAAACAGCAGCUGGAGUUUGUGGAGGGAUUCAAGGAGGAGAUCGACGGCCUUCAAGAGGAGCUGGAAGUGGUCCAGAACCUCGGCACAGAACUCAUGACCGCCUGCGGAGAACCGGACAAACCCAUCAUGAAGAAAAGCCUCGAUGAGGUCAACUUGGCCUGGGAGAACCUGGAUAAGACCUGGAAGGAGAGGGUGGAGAGGUUGGAGGAGGCCAUGCAGGCCGCAGUGCAGUUCCAGGAUGGCCUACAGGGCAUGUUCGACUGGGUGGACAUCCUGGAGAGCAAGCUGGACUCCAUGCCCCCCGUGGGCACCGACGUGGACACGGUGAAGCAGCAACUCGCCGACCUCAAGGAGUACAAGGGGGAGGCGUACCAGCUGCAGAUCGAGCUGGAGCGCCUGAACCACGCGGCGGGCCUGCUGCUGAAGAAGGUGACGGACGAGGCAGACCGCAGCGCCAUCCAGGAGCCAAUGGCCGAGCUCAAGAUGCUCUGGGACAACCUGGACGAGAAGAUCAUCAACCGACAGCACAAGCUGGAGGGGGGGCUGCUGGCCCUGGGUCAGUUCCAGCACGCGCUGGACGAGCUGCUGGCCUGGAUGUCCCACACGGACGAGCUCCUGGGGGAGCAGAGGAAGGCCGGGGGGGACCCCAAGGCCAUCGAGAUCGAGCUCGCCAAGCACCACGUCCUGGAGAACGACGUGCUGGCCCACAAGACGACGGUGGAGACGGUGCAGCGGGCGGGCGGGGAGUUGGUUCAGUCCAGUGCGGGGGAGGAGGCCUCGGCGCUGCAGACCCGGCUGGACCACCUCAACCAGCGCUGGACCGUCAUCCUGGAGAGGACCGGCCUGAGGAGGCAGCAGCUGGAGAGCUCUCUGCUUCAGGCCCAGGGUUUCCAUGGCGAGAUCGAAGAUAUGCAGCAGUGGCUGAAAGACACGGAGCGUCAGCUGUUGGCAUCAAAGGCGGUGGGAGGCUUACCAGACACGGCUCGGGAACAGCUUAGCGUCCAUCUGGAGCUGUGCGCCGCCCUGGAGGCGAAGGAGGAGCUGUACGGCACGCUGGUCACCAAAGGUCAGCAGCUGCUGACCCUGAGCCCCGAGGGGCUGGACAGCAACACGGAGCAGGACCUGGCCAACCUCCGGGACAAGUGGGGGGCCGUGCGGACCAAGGUGGCCGAGAGAAAGGUGAAACUGGAGGAAGCCCUGACGGUGGCGACGGACUUCCACGACUCCCUGCAGGACUUCAUCAACUGGCUGACGCAGGCGGAGCAGACCCUCACCAUGGUGUCCCCAGCCUCGCUCAUCAUGGACACCGUCAUGUUCCAGAUCGACGAGCACAAGAUGUUCGUGACGGAGGUGAACGGCCACCGGGACCACAUCAUCGAGCUGGACAAGACGGGGACGCACCUCAAGUACUUCAGCCAGAAGCAGGACGUGGUGCUGAUCAAGAACCUGCUGGUUAGCGUGCAGGCCCGCUGGGAGAAGCUGCUGCAGCGCUCGGUGGAGCGCGGCCGCAUGCUGGACGACGCCCGCAAGAGAGCCAAGCAGUUCCACGAGACGUGGACCAAGCUGAUGGACUGGCUGGAGGAGUCUGAGAAGUCCCUGGACUCGGAGGUGGAGAUCGCCAACGACCCCGACCGCAUCAAGGCCCAGCUGGCCCAGCACAAGGAGUUCCAGAAGGCGGUGGGCAGCAAGCACGCGGUGUACGACACCACGGCGCGCACGGGCCGCGCGCUGAAGGACAAGACGGGCCUGAAGGACGACAAGCAGAAGCUGGACGACAUGCUGAGCGAGCUCCGGGACAAGUGGGACACCGUGUGCGGCAAGUCGGUGGAACGGCAGAACAAGCUGGAGGAGGCGCUGCUGAUCUCAGGUCAGUUCACGGAGGCCCUGCAGGCGCUCAUCGACUGGCUGUACAAGGUGGAGCCCCAGAUGGCUGAGGACCAGCCGGUCCACGGGGACAUAGACCUGGUGCUCAACCUGAUCGACAACCACAAGGUGUUCCAGAAGGAGCUGGGCAAGCGCACGGUGAGCGUGGCGGCCCUGAAGCGUUCGGCGCGGGAGCUGCUGGACAGUAGCCAUGACGACCCCACCUGGGUGCGCGCCCAGAUGGGGGAGCUGGGCGGCCGUUGGGACACGGUGUGCACGCUGUCCGUGUCCAAGCAGAGCCGGCUGGAGCAGGCCCUCGGACAGGCGGAGGAGUUCCACUCCACCGUUCACAUUCUGCUGGAGUGGCUGGCUGAGGCCGAACAGAGCCUGCGUUUCCAUGGCAGCCUGCCUGAUGACGAGGACGCCCUCCGCGCGCUGAUAGAGCAACACGAGGGCUUCAUGAAGAAGCUGGAGGAGAAGAGGGCGGCUCUGAACAAGGCCACCAGCCUGGGAGAGGACAUCCUGACCAUCUGCCACCCGGACUCCAUCACCACCAUCAAGCACUGGAACACCAUCAUCAAGGCCCGCUUCGAAGAGGUCCAGGCCUGGGCGCGGCAGCACCAGCAGCGUCUGGCCACAGCGCUGGAGGAGCAGCAGGCCACGGCGGAGCUGCUGAAGGGCCUGCUGACCUGGCUGCAGUGGGCCGAGAGCAGCCUGGACGCCAAGGACAAGGAGGCGCUGCCCCAGGAGCUGGAGGAGGUGAAGGGCCUCAUCGCCCAGCACCAGACCUUCAUGGAGGAAAUGACCAGGAAGCAACCAGAUGUUGACAUCAUCACCAAGACACACAAACGCAAGAAUGCUGCAGAGCCGGCCGUCCAGUCCCAGAUCCCCGUGCUGGAGAAGGGAAGACCAGGCCGGAAGCGCUCUCCCACGCAGGCCUUGUACCAGGCGGCCAGCCAGACGCCCCUCGAGACCAAGAACCCGCAGGUCAACCUGCUGGUCAGCAAGUGGCAGCAGGUGUGGCUGCUGGCGCUGGACCGCAGGAGGAAGCUGAACGACGCCCUGGACCGGCUGGAGGAGCUGAAGGAGUUUGACAACUUUGACUUUGACGUGUGGAGGAAGAAGUACAUGCGCUGGAUGAACCACAAGAAGUCGCGCGUCAUGGACUUCUUCAGACGCAUCGACAAGGACCAGGACGGCAAGGUGACCCGCGAGGAGUUCAUCGAGGGCAUCCUCUCCUCCAGAUUCCCGACCAGUCGUCUGGAGAUGAGCGCGGUGGCGGACAUCUUCGACCGCGACGGUGACGGCUUCAUCGACUACUACGAGUUUGUGGCGGCGCUGCACCCCAACAAGGAGGCGUACAAACCGCUAACGGACGCCGACAAGAUCGAGGACGAGGUCACGCGCCAAGUUGCGAAAUGUAAAUGUCCUAAGAGAUUCCAAGUGGAACAAAUCGGAGCGAACAAAUAUCGGUUCUACCUUGGAAAUCAGUUCGGAGACUCCCAGCAGCUCCGUCUGGUGCGGAUCCUGCGCAGCACGGUGAUGGUGCGGGUCGGCGGCGGCUGGAUGGCCCUGGACGAGUUCCUGGUGAAGAACGACCCCUGCCGCGUGCAUCACCACGGCAGCAAAAUGCUGCGCUCGGAAUCAAACUCCUCCAUAACUCAGUCUCCUUUAGGUUGGCAAAUCUCAAACUUACUCACCGUGCUCCAUGAUCCCAAUAGCGCUAAAGGACGCACCAACCUGGAGCUCCGGGAGAAGUUCAUCCUCCCCGAGGGGACCACCCAGAUCAUGGCCAGCUUCCGCUACCGCGGCCGUCGCUCGUCCAGGCCCUCGUCCCGCGCCGCCUCGCCCAACCGCUCCACCUCCAGCCACAGCUGCCCCGCGCCGGCCCCCAACGCCACCCCGGUCACCACGGUGACCAGCGGGACCCCCAAGAACUCCCAAGCCAUUGUCCGCAAUUACGAUAAGCCCUGGCUUGUCAACAGCAAGCCCUCGUCUCCUCUUAAGUCUUCAGACGGCUGUGGUAGCCCUGGCUCGUCGUCAGAGGGCACGCCAGUACAGGGCAGCAAACUACGUCUCCCAGGUUACCUUUCUGGGAAAGGCUUCCAGUCAGGCGAGGAGGGGACCUUGAUAAACAACGCUGUACUCAAGGCACGCGCGCAAGCCAUGGGCGAGAGGAAGAACCCCUCCCAGCCAGGCAGUCGAGGCAGCAGCCGGCGAGGCAGCGACGCGUCCGACUUCGACAUCUCCGACAUCCAAUCGGUGUGCUCCGACGCCUCGGAGAACGUGGGCGAACACGGAAGACCCUCCCCCCGCGGCUCGGCCGCCCGUCAGCACGGCGGGAAGCCCUCCAAGAUCCCCACGCCCAAGAGGAGAGCCACGCCCACGAGCAAACUGGCCAAGGGAUCCAAGCGAUAGCUCCAAGCCUUGACCCACCUCGCCCCUCGACCCUUGACCCCUCACCCCCCCGCCACCACCCCUUCCAGGAAGCCGUUGGCUCCGAGCGGUGUGCAAUAGACACUGGAAAGAAAACAUGAACUCAGAAAAAAAGAAGACGAAGGACUGCGAAACGGUGUUAGUGUUAUUUAAAUUGCUGCAAAGAUGUAAAAUAUUCCAUUAAGAGGCGAUGUGGUUUUAAUUUUAACGUGCGAAUGGAAUGUCAAUGGCCUUGUGGAUGUGUCUUAAUGUAUUUUAUUUUUGUGAAUAAUGUCGAUUUUAGUUUUUACCGUUUUAAUUUUAUUAACGCUAAAACCUGUAGUGGUUUGAAAUACGACUUUUGAAAGAAAAAAUCGUUGAACUGGGUGGGUGUAGCCUAACAGUUGUACUAAGCUAUCGAAUGGCAUAAUAACAUCAAGACUGUUCUCUGAGAGAGUUGAUGAAUGUACUGUUUAUUUAUUCGUGGUGAUUUUGCGGAAAAAGGUGUUUGCGUGAGACACACUAAUUAUGUAUUUAAAUUGCGAUGUUGUACUGCCAGCGCUGCAUAUUACAGGGCAAUCCAAUAUACCACAACAUACCACGGCGCACCCUGCAUAGGAAGAGCUCGAGUCAACGCAGGAAAACCUCUCCAAUCAUGUAGCUUGUAACUCCUAUUAAUCUCAGCCAAUGCUAAACCGGUUUCAAUCGAUGGGUUCCCGCAUGGAGGCCUAUAGAGUAUAGCCCUGUAGAGUAGCUCCUCGCAGCGCGUGGCCUUCUGUUUCCGCUCUGGUUCAGUAGAGAUGUCAUGGUUACUGUAACAUAUUUGUAAUAAACCACCCGCCUGCUGAACGCUGA